UUAGGAGUGUCCACAAAUUCCGAGGAGCAUUUGUCAACUUCCGAGACAGUCAGUCUGCCGAAAGAGGACACCUUUCCCCCCAUGAUCUGGUCACGGCAACAGGAAGAAAGUUGGCUACGUAUCGGAUAUAUCGUUGGAUUUGACAGAUACUUUAAGAUACCGUGCCUGGAUUGUAAAAACUAGUCAGUGCCCUGCAGCCCUAUGCCUGGAAUGAAUAUGGGCGAGGAAGAGAUUUCCCAGAUACCAGUCAAGGCGGCCUACAAUGGCGACAUCUUAUGCAUCACCAUCGAUCAGGACAUCACCCUGGAUGACCUCUACGCUGAUAUGAGAGAGAUUUGCAGCUUCGAGGAGGAGCAAUGUUUCACCAUGAAGUGGGUUGACGAAGAAGGUGACCCAUGUACGAUCUCAUCUCAGGAGGAACUUGAAGAAGCUAUCAGACUCUACGAGGUCAACAAAGAUUCUAACAUCACUAUUCACAUUUUUCCGUCAGUACCAGAGCAGCCGGGGAUGCCGUGUCCUGGUGAAGAUCGCAAUAUUUACCGACGCGGUGCUAGAAGAUGGAGAAAACUUUACAAGGUCAAUGGGCACACAUUCUCUGCCAAACGCUUCAGUAGGAGGGCCAUGUGUGCUUACUGCGCAGACAGAAUAUGGGGUCUUGGACGGCAGGGAUACAAGUGCGUCGAUUGUAAACUGCUGGUGCACAAGAAAUGCCAUCGACUCGUCAAGCAGCCGUGCGGAGCUCAACUGCAAGUACACAAGUCGUUGAUUGAGGAGCGAGGGGGAUCGGCAACAUCUCUACCCUCCGGUGACAAAGCAGAAUAUGGGUCAGCUCAUCAUCAGAGAAGUACUAGCGGCAGCCCACGACCCAAGCACAAAGUUCGUGACAACACCCUGGUCACUCAGUACUCCGAGGGUGAAGGGAAGGAAGCCCAGUCCGGCCAGUCCAACGAGAACGCUGUCGGUCUCGACCACUUCAAUAUGAUCCGCGUCAUUGGACGAGGAAGUUACGCUAAGGUGCUAUUGGUGGAACAGAAAACCACGCAACGAGUAUAUGCCAUGAAGGUGAUCAAGAAGGAGCUAGUAACCGACGAUGAGGAUAUUGACUGGGUCCAGACGGAGAAACACGUCUUUGAGACGGCAACCAAUCAUCCGUUCCUUGUGGGCCUUCACUCUUGCUUCCAAACGCCUAGCAGGUUGUUCUUCGUGAUUGAGUUUGUGAGUGGAGGCGAUCUGAUGUUUCAUAUGCAGCGACAGCGCCGACUACCGGAGGAACACGCUCGCUUCUACUCUGCAGAAAUCAGCUUAGCCCUCCACUUCCUCCACGAAAGAGGUAUUAUCUAUCGUGACUUGAAACUCGACAACGUUCUACUGGACUCAGAUGGUCACAUCAAGCUCACAGACUACGGAAUGUGUAAAGAGGGCCUUCGCCCCGGGGACACCACUAGUACCUUUUGCGGAACACCAAAUUACAUCGCACCUGAGAUUCUGAGAGGGGAGGAUUACGAUUACAGCGUUGAUUGGUGGGCUUUAGGCGUCUUGAUGUUUGAGAUGUUAGCCGGUCGCUCUCCGUUUGAUAUCGUUGGCUCAUCGGAACAUCCCGAUCAGAACACGGAGGAUUACCUGUUCCAAGUUAUUCUGGAGAAGCCAAUCAGAAUCCCUCGUGCUUUAUCUGUGAAGGCUGCGUCAGUUCUUAAAGGCUUUCUCAACAAGAAUCCAGUGGAGCGUUUUGGGUGCCAUCCACAAACUGGGUUCACCGACAUCACGUCGCAUCCCUUCUUCAAAACCAUCGACUGGGAAAGGAUGUCAUCUCGCCAGGUGACCCCGCCCUACAAGCCCCGCCUUGAGAGUGAGAGAGAUUUGGAGCAUUUCGAUCCGCAGUUCACAGAAGAACCGGUCCAACUCACACCAGACGACCAGAAAAUGGUGAGUCGUAUCGACCAGUCUGAGUUUGAGGGUUUCGAGUACGUCAAUCCCCUACUGAUGUCUGGGGAGGAGGUUGUCUAAGACGUACCGACGCGAUACGUCACUCAUACAGGUGUUUAUUUUUUAAAUUUUAAUUUUGCGCUUCCAGCAUGUACUCAUUCAUCAGAAGUUCACUCUCUCUGCGUCAACGAAACGUCGUAAUUGGCAACAGCACAGACCAUCUCACGAGUUUGCAUUUCCAUAGCAACGCAGGAGCUCUGCCGUACUGGAGUGCUACACACAUGUACGCUUCAUGCAAAUUGGGUCGAGCCUGAUGUUUCUGAUGCAUAUAUGAUCGUGUAUGCCGGCUUGACAUAGUGGACAUGUGGGUAUAUUUGCAUAUGACCUUUAUGCAAAUUAUGUCCAGCUUGAUGUGUAUAGGAAAUGUACAUGAACCAUUUAAAGUUCAACUGCAGUUAUUUUUUUUUAACCAGUAAAUUGUAGGGUUUACCUCAUUCAAUUCAAUUCAAUUCAAUUAAAAAAUGG